AAAAUUGUUAUUGUUUUUACUGUUAUUUGGUGCCUAAUAGCUGAUAAAUUCCCACUUUGUCAGAUGUGAUGAGUAUCAUAUGUGUGUAUGUAGAACCAGCCACUGUUUGAAAUAUUUGAAUAAUCUCCACAAGUGACUGAUUUUCUCAACUAUUACAUUUUAAUUAUCAUCAGAACUGGUCAAAUGUUAAAAGAAAAAGUAAUUACAGCUCAUGGCAUUAAUGAAGAAAUAGCUGGUUGAUGUUAUCAUGUAGAAAUUGUAUGCCAUGGUUAUCUAUCAAUAAAUCGGUAUACAACGUAAAUUGCCUCAACCCAACCUGAGAUAUUUUUUGUCAACAGUAACAUAAAAAAUAUAAUUUUACUUAUGUUUAAUUUAAGUUGCCAGAAAAAUCUGCUAUGUCAGUGCUAGUGUCAUAGUGUUGAAUGGACGUAAGUUUGCCUCUUGUAUUGUAGUGUGUUGUAUUACUACUAACUGCCCAGAUGACGAAAGCAAAUAAAGGUUACCAUCACUAGCUUUAAAAAAAUGUACCGUCUUUAAUGUACCAUUGAAAAUUGUCAAUGACAAGAGAGUGAGUCAGUGUGUGAAGGUCAUUUUGUUAUGAGGGUAGAGGUUUUGUGAAUUAAAGGGUUAGCUUGUUGUUAAGCACAACAAAUUGUAUAAACAAGGUUCUUGAUUUUUGCCUUGACCUCUGAGUUUAAAGGUGACUUCAGGUUAUUGUUCUAAAACCAAUGUGUGUCUUCCUCACAGGUUGGAGAAUAUGGUUGUCAAUCUGUGUUUGCCACAGUUUCAUACAACGGUCCAUUGCAACAAGCUGUGUGCAGAUGGCUAUGAUGUAACAAACCUUGUGUCAGAUGACCCUGCCCUUCGGAGGCGAGGCUUCAAGCUUGAGUACUUUUUACGUCCACCUGUUCAGGUGACGUUGACGUUUGGCUUCCGGGUAGAGCUGAGCAGGGUGGAUGUGGAACUGUGGCCCUGGGGUAUGGACCGAGGUCAGACCAGCAAGAGACUGGAGAUCAGCACCUGCUCUGAUCCGUUACCUUCCCACAGUUUUGAACAAGGCUGCAAAGAAGGUCAGCAAAAGCCACAAAUGCAGAUGCGAGUAAAGAACCAGAAUAGAAGAGGUCAAGACUAUGACCAUGAUCACCGCAGUAAUAGCCACCUUUGGAGUCUUCAGGCCCAGCAGUGGGGUCAGGAGUCUGAGCAUCAACAUAGGCAGUCGGUUAAAGAGCGGCCAAGAACAAAUGCUGAAUCCAGCCAGCCUGAGCCAGAGUUUAGAUUGGUUGGCCGUUGUGAACUUAGAGAAGAAACGCAAGUCUGUUUUUCACAUUCAAAGUGUAGACCCCGGCCCCCGUUCCUCUCCCCACCUCCCCCACAGCCUGUGAACUGUCAACAACAGGAGCUAUGGAGUCGGGGUCAGCUUUCGUUGGGCGCAGUGACGCAGCUACGUGUAACUGUGCCAUUUGGUGGUGCGGCAUCUGCUCUGGGGUUCAAGGCUUUGUCUGUUUGGGGACAACCGUCUCGCUGCUGUUCUGCAGAGGAAGUAGAGGGGAUUAAAGUGGUGCAUGAGGCCAGUAAUGGACCACUUCCACAACCUGUGCUUUUUGACCCUUCUGCCAGACAAACCAAACCACCACUUCAAGCAGACACACCUCAAAGCUUUUUGUCCUGCAGUCGUCCUGUGCCAGAAGAGUUCCUGGACCCAUUAACCCAGGAGAUAAUGACACUGCCUAUGCUGCUGCCAGGUGGUGUAUCAGUGGACAACAGCACUCUUGAGGAGUACCAGAAGAGGGAAGCCACUUGGGGUAGACCCCCAAACGAUCCCUUCACUGGUGUCCCGUUCACUUCGACCUCCCAGCCUCUACCUAAUCCCCAACUGAAAACCCGUAUUGAUCAUUUCAUCCUGCAGAGUGGGGAGGUGAGGAGGGACGGGAUGUUGGGAGGGCGAGGGGAUGGAGAGAAUCCACAAGCUUCAAGACUUGUAGCUUCUAGGGUUGACAGACCGUCCCAGAAAUCGCAAGUUCUUGGUCAAGACUCAAUAAACAACACUGCUGUUCAAAAUAAUGUUGUUUCUAGAAACUUGGAGAGCCCAACACAAGUAAAAGACACAGAAUUAGGGGAGUCAUCAGAUGCUGGUAAUCGUAAGACUGACUCACAGCCUCUUUCUAAAGGUAAUAAAUCAGAGAUGAAUCAAAAGAAGAAACGGAAUUUAAGUACAAUUCCUAAUGAUGCCACAGAAGAGAAUCAACUACUACCUCAAAUAAAAAGACCAAGAAAUUAUGCAGUUUCGGAAGCCCCCAGCUGCAGCUCCCAUGAGCAGCGUUUGUCAGCCAGCCUGGAUGAAGCCCUCUUCUCCGCACUUAAGGGUCGACCCUCCUUCACCUCAAACCUGCCCCAUCAAAGACGGGUUACUCCCGACUCGGAAACUCCGCUCACUACACAGCAGUGCCACAGAUCAGGCACUUCAAACAUCUUUACAAGUGAGAGGACAUGCUCGGCGUGCUCCUGUUCCGUCUCCGCUUACUCCGCGUCGACAUCGCCCAUCUAUCGCCUGACCUGUGCUCAUUUGCUCUGCCGCGCCUGCCUACGGAGGCAAACGCAUCCUCUGAACUCUGUCAGCACAGCAACAUCCAAUCACAUCUCGUGUCCCACCUGUCAAAGCUCUACCCCACGCAGUGACAUCACGCGUGUGCACAAUUGAUGGAUGCCGCGGAAAGGUAAAGGUACCAUCAAUCGCCAAAGGAAAGAUUUUUUUGUUCAACCUUUUGAGUUGAAUUAUUGAGCACAUAUUUCUCACUGUUUUUGUGUUUUGUAUUGUUGCCGUCCAUGUGUGUUUUGAGCACUUGUGGUCUAACAAUGAACUGUACUUUAUUCUUAUGAGUUACAACAUCACAUUACUCAGGCCGAACAGGCUUUUCAAGUCCACAGCUGGACUGAAAGCAAAGACCUUAACAAAAUUCUUGCUUAGAAAACCAUGUUAAAAAAAACAUUCUUGAGAAAGGUUCUCCGCCUACUCACCGUGCUCAAUUGAUAUUGUUCAUCUUGUUGGAGCCUUGGGUCUGCAGCCUGUAUUGUUGAUCCUGGAUGUGUAGAUGGAUGAGAAUCCACAAAGAAAAGGCCAAGGGAAGAACGCACUGAGAGCAAGAGGCCAAAAAGAAUAAAUGUGGAAAUUUAGUCGACUCAAGGCUGCAUGAUCAUUGUGAGGAAACGGGGUAAUGGUUUGCUGAUCAGCUGAGGCCAUUCAUUUCUCUUCUUUCCUCCUGUAGGCAGACAUUGCAAUGAAAAGGACGCCCUGGAACUGACUGUGUGUUUAUUAAACUGUAUAUUCUACCAUGAAUUCCCACAAUUGCAGGUGUCUGUCAUAUACAGCAUUUACUGUCCUAUCGGUGUCUUUGCUCACAGUUUGCACAAAAGGGUUAAACAAAGCAAAGUCAUGAGUAUGGAGAGGGAGUACGGUGUUUAUUAAGCUUUAUGGUCACAAGCGGCAUCAUUCAAAUGUUCUGUUUCCCUGACAACAUUAAGCUUAACCAAGGUCGUGAUCCUAUAUCCGCUCAACAAGAGGUGUUCUGCAUGUGAAAUAGGGACAUUGGCUUCACUGUUACAGCAACAAGUUGGAGACCAAUCACUUAAAUGGCACUAAAACUGGGGAAAAGUGAUAUUAACUACUGUUUCCCAUCUUCUAAUUUGAUAAACACUCACAAUAGACCCUGUGGUUACAUGUAAAAGGUUAAUUUCCUCUCUAAUACAUGUAGGAAAUGUAUAGUACAGUCCACUAUUUGUCUUUAUUAAACGAGUAGUUGUGAAUGCCUCAGUGCUAAUUAAAACAAGGCCUUCAUAUCUCGACCUGUGGCCCCUGAUGUUCCAUCUUGCCUUUUAAUUAUGCAUUUGUUAAUGAGCAUCACAACAGCUUAAUGGGACAAAUACGAAUCUACGAAUGUUGCAGGACCGCGCAGAAUAAUAAACUGGGAAUAUGAUAUGUUUAUUUGAAAUGCUAAUUGUGUUUUUGCUCAUUUAUAGAUUUUAAUUAGAGCUGGAGGAGGAUACCAUGAUGCCGGCACAGCCAUGAAAUACAGGCUCGCGUGUGCACAUGUUGCAUUAAAUCGAAUUAGUUGUCCACAAACUCCAAUUAAGUCUUUUUUUAUUGUUGUGCGCCUCUCUUCCUCAGCGCAGACUGUGAUUAUUCAUAAAAGUUGUGUGAACACA